GUCUCGCAGUACAAGACCGGCAAGGCUUCACUCAGCGCUCAGGGAAAGCGACGAUACGACAAGAAGCAGGCGGGCUUCGGCGGCCAGACGAAGCCAGUUUUCCACAAGAAGGCCAAGACCACCAAGAAGAUUGUGCUGAAGUUUGAGUGCACCAAAUGCAAG